CAAUAGAAAAAAGAAGAAAAACAAUUGACCAUUGCGCUCGUAAAUGUCAACUUAUGAUACGUAACGCUCGAUCGCAUUUCUUCACAUUACGAUCGACGGGAUUGGUAAUUACGAUGCGAAGUUUAGGAAGAGAAAAACAAGUGACUGAAGAAAAACACACUUUUGUUCUAUAGUAAAAAACGACCACAUAUUUUAUACGGUAAAGCAAGUAUCUGGUUGCACUACAUUUACAAGCAACUGCCAGCCCUAGAUUAGAGAUAUCAGAUACAAGAGGAAUACAAAAAAAGGAUAAAACCUUAGAGGGAAAGACUACGCUUUAAGUCUUCUUGAUCGCACGAGUGAAGAUGGAACCAAUGGAAUUUAUUGCUGUACAGAACAAUGAUAUUUGUUCUGACAAUCUCGACAAUCUCAGAGCCGAGAAUAACUGCUUGCCCUUCGACCCUUUCGAAAUGGAGGAGAGAAAGCAAGAGUUGACCGAUGCGCUGAGGUACUGCGUAGACCUGUUGAAAGCUGCUCGGGUCAUUUCAGAUUUACGAAAUAGCCAUGGGACCAUCUCCAGGCGUUCCCAGUGCAUAGGAAAAAAAAUCUAUCGUAAAAUUAUGAUUAUGUUGUAUUCUAUGGCGGAUGAGGAGAAUGAGAAAAAUGAAGUAGCUAAAUAUAAGGAAGAGCCAUUAUUUUAUUCAUUGAGAGAUUCACGUGACCUGAAUAGCGAAAAAAAAGAAAAAACGGACAGUACUGUUGAGAAGGCGUUUGGUAACGUGCAUUCCGCACAAAUAAUUUUUGAAGGAAACAGUCAGCAGUCUUCUGUAGGGAAGAGCUCCGAGGAAAUCUCACUGUCUAGUUUUUCUGAGCCAUUGCCAUCCACAUCUUUCCACGCCAGCAGUAGCAGUACGUCUCCUUCAAAGAGCGAUCUUCCGUUUCAAUUUUCGCAACAUUCAUCGAUAGAUGUAAACAACGAGGAGAACAGUAUAGAAACUGAAGAUCUUAAAGUUUCUUUAGGAGUGGAUGUUGAAGACUUUCUUCAUGAACGUGUUGCACAAUUUGAAACAGAAUUCGAAAAAACAGAAAAAACGUCAGAGCUAGAGGAUGAAAUCAAAGAUUUGAUCGAAGCUGAAGCAGCAGAAGCCAUUCUGCUUAAAAAGUCAAAUAAAAAUAUUGCUCAGCAGUUGCAAACACAGCGAGCAGUUUCCCAAGUUAAAACAGAAGAUCCUCAGUCGAAAAACCCGUUGUUCAUCUUAUUACGAAAAAAUGGACUUCUUUGCCGAGAACUCAUUGACAAGCCUCACCGCAACGAUUUCGUACCGGAAGGGCGCGACAUCAACUUGAUUGCAAAAGUUAUUGCUAAGCACCUUCUUAAAUUGGCUAUUCCUCCAAAACGUAAAGUAUUGUCGUCAACUCUCGCAAGGUGGGCGCAAUAUUUUAAGCGUCUUUUUCCGAAGACGCCGUUAUCCUGUUUCUACGCCUUUAAAUAUGAGCCAUAUAAACGGAACGGCGUUCUAAUUCAAAAGAGAAGAGCAGAGGGAGCACUGCAAGUUCAACUCUUCCAAGAAAGAAGAAAAUUGAUCAAAGAAGAUCCAACUGUUCUGCUGAGGCGUCCAAGUGGAGAUUAUGUUGGUGGUGACGGAGGUUCAAGUCCUUCGAACGUAACUAUCAUUAGAAGUACUUGGAGACCUGUUGGUCAACAAGGAGAAAAAGUGCAGCGUUGUGGCGAAAUCUCAACAACAGAAUGUCAUCCAGAGUUACAACGUCAUUUACAUAUUCUGUGCAAUCAAUUACACAAAACAUUUACUCCAGAAUUAGGAGUCUCCUGGAAAGCAACUUUCAACUACAGACGGAAACUACUUGUCAAUCAAACGGGAACCGUUUGGGACUAUUUAAAUGAUUUUCCAUUCUUAAAAAUUAACGAUAUUGGAAAAGAUUUUAUCUGUAAGGAUUUCGAUCAAUUGUAUCCCACUGCAGAAUUAGGGAAGCUGGCUGCAUUUCUAGAUGACCAUAGGCUCGCAAUUAUUAAAGCAACAAAAGUUAUUCUUAAAAGAGCAAGCCGACAAAAGCACAUAGACAUAGCUACUUUAUUUCUCAAGUUAGCUGAACGGGAAUCGGAUUUCCAAGUUAGAGUGACUGGAGCUCUACUCCUUCUCCCUUUCAUAUUUCCCAAUACUUUUUUUGUGGAGAAAACGUGGAAACCAACACGAUUAGAUGUAAUGGACUCCUUCAUCGCUAGAGUUUGCAGCGAAGCGGACAUUAAGGAUUAUAUUGAGCGUCGACGUAAGUCACUGUCCCAAAUAAAAACAUCAAAUAAGAUUUCAUAUUGUUCUGUGCAACCAUAUGUUUUGGCGAUAGGCCCAACUUGGGAGCGUAUUAGUCACGUGCAUAUAAUUGUAGACCAAGUUUUAUAUACGUGCCAAACUAUAAUUGGCGCGACGGAAUUGUGUUUUAAAUUAUUUCAUGCAUUUCACACCGAUUAUCCCGCUGAAAGUAAGCAUGUGUGGCAAUUAAUACAACAAGGUUUUUAUAAAUUGUUUGUCAAGGAUCAUGAUUUACACAGACCAACAAUCACCAAAACUUUAGCUGAUAUUGGCAUUGAGUCGAAUACAGAAGAAAUUAAAACAUUAAUUGUAAGAUCUAAAAGAGGUAGAAAAGUAUAG